AAGGCCCUACUGCGUCACGGGUCCGCCGCCCCUGAGCCCUUAUCUUGACCGAUUUAGCCCAAUGGGGUCGCCCCCUCAGCGUCUGCGGAGCCCUUAUUGCAAUUGGACCAGGCCCCAGAUAACACCGCCUCCCUGUCCCCGAAGCGCCUACUUUGACCUGCACGCUUCCCUCUGUUACUGUGAUGGAUACUUGUCAACCCUGGGAACCAGCCCGGUGACCUCCCCUCACCUCACUCAUAGGCCCCCAGAAGCUGGCCCAUUGACCUCCCCUCCCCUUGCUCAUAGGCCCCCAGAAACUGGCCCACUGACUUCCCAUCCCGGCACUCAUAGGCCCCCAGAAACGGGCCCAUUGACCUCCCCUCCCCUCACUCACGGGACCCCAGAAACUGACCCCAUGAUUGCAUCUCCACUCACUCAUCGGCCCCCAGGAACUGGCCCCUUGACUUCCAGUCCUCUCACUCAUGGGCGUCUGGAAACUGAUGUCUUUAUUUCACCUCCCCACACUCAUGGGCCCCAGGGACCUUGCCCCACAGUUUCACCUCCUCUUCCUCAUAGGCCUCAGGGAAUUGGACUCAUCAUUUCACCUCCCCUUGCUCACCGGUCUGUGGAAACUAGACCUAUGGUCUCCCCACCUCUUUCUCAUAGGCAUUUGGAAACUGGGCCCAUGAUUUUCUCUCACUGGUCUUCAGGGAGAAGUUACAAUGACCCUCCUCUUUCUGCAGUACCUCCUCCACCCACUGUCAGCUUUUACCAUGGCUGCCUUAAGCCUCCAGACUCUUGUGAACCCAAACCACAGCUUGACUUGCCUCUUGGGAAAAAUUAUUGUGGCUUCUCACCUCCUUUUCAGGCAGAUGUCUCUCGCUCUCCCAACCCUCCCCAGAAGGGCUCUUAUCACUGCUCACAUCUUCCUCCAGAGGCCCAUAUUCCUGCCCCUGGGAGUCCUUACUGUGCCAUCCGUAUGCUUCCUGGGAGUACUAGUUCUCCCUGUCCACCCCAGUCUCAGACCCCCAGGAAGACUUGCUUUGAGUCCGUUCUUUCCUGGGAAGCUGGUGGGAGCUCUUACCUCUUCCUACCUCCCGGCACCACAAUUUCUGGUCCCUCUUGUCCCCAGGAAUCCCCUCUUUCCCUGUCCUCCCACUAUCCUUAUUCUGUCCUCCCCUUCCCGUCACCGCCAACCAACCAGUUUAUAUCUCCACUCCAGCCACUCCCUCGCAGAAGCUAUAAUGAACCCCCUCCCACUACCCCAAUUUCCCCCCAGGUGAAGUCCCCCAAAUCCUCAGAGUUAAAGCAGUCACGUGCUCCCCACAGGUGUCACUCUGUGGUCAUCCCUUUCCAGUGUACCCCUCCUGGCGAACCUAGGCCUCCUAAGACCUGUACUUCUCCUCUACCUCUCUCUGACCCCUCCAGCCUUUCCAGUCCUUCUUGUAGAGAGCCAUCCGUCACAACUCCAUCAAAUUCCUGUCCCAAAGAACUGCCCCUAGAGACUGCCUUACCCAUUGUGGUUCCUAGAACCCUCAAAACUGUCAUCCCCACUUCACUUCCCCUCCACUUUACUUGUGCUACUGCCUCACUCAAUAGUUACGCUCAGAGCAUCCCCCGUGGACCCCCCAUAAAAUCUCCCUGCGGCACCCAUAUGUGCUCUGUUGUUCCCUCCUCCCCCCAUCCUUGCUCUCUGGGUUCCCUCAGUCACUCCACAGGCCCUUUUCAGUGUCAUAACCAGCCAGUGGUAUCCCACUGUGGCACUUACAGCACUCCCAGGGGCCCACCCCCACCCCCUCGCCAGUCUGUGGAGUCCCCUUGUGCUACCCACGUCUAUUCUUUUAUCCCUUUGAGGACACCCUUUGACCCCCAAAGUUUACCCAUUGCCCCCCGUGCCCAAGGCCGCCCUGACAUUCCCUGUGGUCUCCAUAUCUACUCUGUGGCCGCUCGAGACUCUCGCAAAGACCGCCCCCAGGUCCCCUACAGCUGCCCUUUGCCUUCAUCCAAGAGUUCCAGCUGUAGCACUAAUAUCAGCUGCAGUUCGACUGUUGUUAUUAGUGGAAGCCAGAGUAGUGACACCCAGAGCAAGAGUACCAACCGAAGCAGAAGCCGGAGUCAGAGUAAGAGUCCCCAUCGUAGCAGAAGUCGAAGCCGGAGCAAGAGUCCCCACCAGAGCAUAACUGAGGGCCAGAUCGAGAGUUUCCACCUUAGCAGAAGUCUGGACCAGAGCAAGAGUCCCCAUUAUAGCAGAAAUGAGGGCCAGAGCAAGGGUCUUCACCGUAGCAGAAGUCAGAGCCGGAGCAAGAGUCCCAACCAGAGCAUAAAUCUGGACCAGGGUGAGAUUCCUCACCGUAACAGAAGUCGGAGCAGAAGCAAGAGUCCCAACGAGGGUGAAAGUCAGGGCCGGAGGAAGAGUCUCCCUGUUAACAGAAGCCAGAGCAAGAGUCCCCACCAGAGUGAAAGUCCCCACCAUAGCAAAAGUCAAGGUCGGAGCAAGAGUCCCCGACAAAGAAAGAAAUGAGGGCCAGAACAAGACUUCUGACCAGACCAAAAAUACAGACCAGAGCAAAAGUCAUAUACAAUGACAAGACUGCCAGCCAUAACAAAACUGCUAGACAUAGGUCCCAGCCACGGGCAACCAAGACCUAACUGUGGACUUCUUACCUGAAGUCUCCUCUCUUUUAAUCUGUCUUUACACUCUUUAGGCCUGACCGAUUUUCCUCUCUGCUACCCCACAUAGCAAUUUUCCUAGAAAUCCUCAUUUCAGCUCAUACCUCAAGGUUCUAUGAGCCCUCCUCAUCCUACCUUCCUGGGGUCUGGGAGCUCUCCCAAAAUGACCCUCAAUUCUGUGGUUCUGAACAUUAUGGUUUCAUUCACUGCAUGGCUUUAGGUAAGUACCCUGAUUUCUCCAUUAAAUGUGGAGGUUUGUGGGGUUUUUUUUUUUUUUAAAUCCCACCAAGAUAUCUAUUGUGAUGUUCACAUAAGGUAACAAAUAUGAAAAAGCUUUACAAAAUAGGAGGACUGUUAAAAGUCCUUUGUUUUUAAGCCGGAAGCUUCUUCAGGGCUUCCAUCAUUUCUUUCAGCCUUCUGUAGCCUCUUCUUGAGAGUCCUCUCCUGAGCUCCCAUUCUCUAAAUUCUUCUUAUUCCAAGGCCUCAAAGAAUGCCUACUUUCUUAAUGACCCCGAGAUAAUAUUAUGAGAGCUACAGCUUCCUUUCUUUCACAAUCCUGAAAUGGGAAGGCCAGUUCCCCACUACAUUUCUCUCCCACACUUUUCUGGCAGGCAGAGGCAGUAUGCAAAGGCGGGAGUGGGCACUAGCUGAAUCUGUGUUUGCCCCAGGGCUCUGAGGUAUUGGUAGGGUCAGGCAGUAGCGGGUAGAGGCAAGGGCGAGAAGACCAAUAAGCUUGUUCUUUC